ACAGACUUACAUAAUAUAGCAAAAAAAUGUGAGUUUGGAACACUCGAAGAGGAACUUAUACGCGAUCGUAUCGUCGCCGGCAUGAGGGACACGGAGCUCUCGAAGGCUCUUCAAAACCUUGAAGAAGAACCAAAGCUGGAAACUGUAAUCAACAGAGUCAGACAUGCGGAGAUCGUAGAAGCCAAUAGAGCUACACUUAACCCAACAACACAGACCCCAGAAGUAAAUUUCAUUAAUAAAAGGGUGAGUGCUAAAAAGCCCAUAAAACAAACGGGAACCUCCGAAUCCUGCAGAAAAUGUGGACGAACACCAAAGCACAAAUUUGCAGACUGCGAAGCUACUAAUUCGACCUGCAAAGGCUGUGGACUAAAGGGACACUGGCUGGUUGUAUGCAAAAAGAAAAAAGAAGGCAUAGAGCCAAAGAACUACCUGAAUUAGAAACUGGGAAAAGAGUAUUCCUACCAAGUGAACAAAUAUAUGGAACAGUCACUGGAAAAAGAGAAGAACCUCGAAGCUACAACAUAUUGACAGAAAAAGGAAGUGAAAUGAGGAAAAAUAGGAAAGCAAUCAUUGAACUACCUGAUCAGACUAAUGGUUUAAAGAAACAGAGCUCUAUCCCUGCUCUCACACCAUCUCUGCCAUACUUGUCUUUAUCACCAAGUCAAGAGCCCGUCAUAUGUAUCAUUCCAGAAGACUGCAAUCAACCAAAUACAACUACAGACCAAACAGAGACUAUGAACCACUCGCCACCGACAGAAGAACAACGUCGAACAUCAUCACCUGUAAUGAGACCAAAAACACCAUCAGCGGAGAUCUCAGUAAGCAGUCCCAUACAAGAGCCCAACUCUGAAACUGUUUAUGGAUCACCACAAUCAACUCCUGUCAAUACCCCAGAGUCAUCAUCAUAUUUGUCACUCACAAGUUCAGAGACCUCACCAGAAAAGGAAAUCAUUACCACCAGAUCGGGACGGCAUGUAAAACCCACAAAAAAGUGUUUGUGUAAAGACUGUUAAGAAGUGAUUUCCCUAUUUAAGUUUUAAUAUUUCAUUUAAAAUUAAGAACAUUGAUAGUGUUGUGUACUCAGUGAAUUUGUACUUAAAUUAGUAUACAUCGUAAAUAAGGAGAAGUGAUUAUUAGUGCAAAGUCAAACAGAUAAUUAUUUCAAGACCUUUAUUGUUAUAAAAUACAGAAAUAUCAAUUUUGUUGAUUAGCCUAUUGUAAACUCUCGCCGCACUAAACUGCUCCUAGACUGAAAUUGUUUGUAGAUCAUUUCUUAUAGCAUCACGUAACAGAUUAAUUAAUGUCCUAAUGUUUACGUGCUAUGAUUGUUAAUUAGUAAAAAAAUAAGUUGUUUACUACUUAAUUUUAGGUUAGAAUCUAUUGAUAUGUCAGUGUCACUCAUGAUAUGUAAUGUCAACUAGUGGUGUAACAGUCGUCUUCAAUAACCGGUAACUAGUGAUGUCCAAAUUACUUUUGUUUAAGAAAAAGGAAGAUGUGUGCUGAAACUUAGCUUGUAAGAGUGGCAACACUCAGGCUUUAUGAUAAAUAAAGUUAUUCUCUA